AUGACUAUCGAUAUAGUAGAUGAUACGAGUAAUAACCUUAAGCGAAAAGUUGGAAGAAGUGGGUCGCAUGGGUAUAAUAAUAGCAACUACUAUAAGUGCUUUCAGAAUUACUAUCAUGGACAUAAUUAUUUAAAUCCAAAUCCACAGUAUAUUACAAAUAUCAAAGUGAGUGUAAAUCACUGGCAACUCCGGGAUUUAAUACAGGUGGACCAACAGAAUGGGAAGCUUUAUCACACCAAGGAUGAUAGCAUAAGAGAGGUGAAUUUGUUGAACAACGAUAAGAUCGGAUCCGAUAAGCACAUGGAAUGGGACUAUUUUCCCAAGUGCUUCAGUCAUACACGGGGAGGCAUAGUGGUUACAGGGGGGCUUUUAUCGUCAUCUUCGAAGGCGUAUUCGAUGAAUCUUCCCAGUUUGUCAUCUACGGAUAAGACGACCAAGUCGUUCCGUACACCAAAGGGGCUCUUCUCGUUUUAUAAUCCGGAAACAGAGAUUAGCGAGACUGUAAAGUUGGGAGAUGUGAUUAAUAAUUCAGUCUCGGUCUAUCCACAUGCAAGCAGCCAGUAUAAAUCGUACGUUUGCAAUAACGAUUCAAACUUGUAUGUGGUUGACAUUAGUGGGGACAGAUUGUCCUUGGAUAAUAAAAUGAACUGCGAGUUGAACACGUCGUUGAAUAACGUAUGCAGAUCACCUACUAACGAUAAACUUGUGACUGUUACGGGUGAUUCCUCGUCUAUUUUCUUGCUUGAUCCUAGCUCAAACUCCAAGAUUAAAACGAUUAAAACCGAUCAUGAUUCCGGGUUUGGUAUUUCUUAUCAUCCUAAUGGACAUCUUUUCGCAACUGCAUUUCAAGAUGGUACAUGUAGUUUGUUUGAUAUUCGAAAUUUAUCUAGUCCUUUGAGUGAAAUAAAGUCCACGAGGCCAGGUCACCAAGCAGGUGCCUUCAGAUGUUGUAAGUUUGCCAACUCCUCUGUUAACGACUUUUUGGUGAUUCUGGAGCAUGUUGGAAGAGUACACCUUUUCGACUUGAGAAAUUUAGGUAAUGAAGAUACCAAUGAUCACCAAGUCAUAGUCUUUCCAUUUGCUUUGGACCAAUUUGCUGACUACAAGGAACAACAGUUGGAAGUUGAAACAAAAUUGUCCGGCGAAGAGAAGGAAUUACAAGACAGCAUUGAGGACGACGACAAAGUUUCUCAUAAGAAGUUUGGCAUUUACGGCGAUUCGAGUAAUUUGUUCAGAUCGAAUGAAAUCGGGGAAAUCAAGCGUAAGUCUGAUUUACAAUUUACUGCACCAUUGGUCUACGAUUAUGACUAUCUAACUAAUGUUAAUCCUAAAUUGUUUAAGAACUACACUUAUCAAACUCCUCCUACGUCGAAUGGCCCAGAUAAUCUGUAUUUACCACCUCCAGAAUUCAACUACCCUCAAUGGAAUACAGACUCUAAUAAUAGCAGCGACGAUAUACCACCUGAAAACACAAGAGCGUCGAUCUCCAUUCCACCUCAGCAACCUGACCCAAACUUUCAAUUUGGUCACAAUAGCACCAUCGAGCAUUUUUCUAAUCCAGGUUCCGCAGAAUCAAGUUCUAAUGCACACACUACCGCUAGGUCGAAUUCGUCAUAUGAUACCUACUAUCAAGAAGCUUACCAAAAAUCAGUCAAUCAUAUACACGGUGAAAUGGAAUUGGCAGGUGUAGAUUGGUUUGAUAGACAAUUAUUGAUAGGCUGCGAAGAUGGUGGGGUUUUAAAUUGGGAUAUCAAUGUACUAGGAAGAAGAAGUUUUGGAAGUUUCUCAUACGUUUAA